GAGCAGCGCGCGUGAGGCAGAGCGAGGGUUCCUCCUCGCGGCGGUAACCGUGAACGGCUGAGUUCGGAGCAGCGAAGGAGCUGAAGAGGAAAACUGAAGAAAAUAAAAAAAACAGACUGAAAUAUGGUGACGUUCACUCCGCUGGCGCACAAAUUACUGAGCUAUGUCCCCUUUGUGCUGGUUCUGCUGGAUCUCCGGUACGAAGGAGUGAUCUGUGGAAAGGACAACAGCAUUGAGCAGCAUCUGGAGAUGGGGAAGAAGCUGCUUGCUGCCGGACAGUUGGCCGAUGCUCUGUCUCAUUUCCAUGCAGCUGUUGAUGGAGACCCUAAGAACUACAUGGCUUACUACAGGAGAGCCACUGUAUACCUGGCCAUGGGAAAGUCCAAAUCUGCUCUGCCGGACCUCAGCAAAGUCAUCGAGCUCAAACCUGAUUUCACAUCAGCCAGACUUCAGAGGGGGAACCUGCUACUGAAGCAAGGGAAGCUCGACGAAGCUGAGAGUGAUUUCAAGAAAGUGCUGAAAUCCAGCCCCAGCAGCAGAGAGGAACAGGAAGCCCAAAGCCAGUUGAAGAAAUCGGAUGAAAUCCAACGAUUGGUGACCCAGGCACAGAGCGAUUUCAGCCGCAAGGAUUACAGCUCAGCAGUGACGCACCUGGAUAAAAUCAUCGAUACGUGUCAGUGGGAUGUGGACUCCAGGGAAAUGCGUGCCGAGUGCUUCAUUCAGCUGGGUGAGAUGGGCAAAGCCAUCAGUGACCUCAAAGCAACCUCCAAGCUGAGGAACGACAACACUCAAGCCUUCUACAAGCUGAGCACCAUCUAUUAUAACCUGGGAGACCAUGAGAUGUCCCUUAACGAGGUGCGAGAGUGUCUAAAAUUGGACCCCGAUCACAAGCAGUGCUUCAGCCACUACAAACAGGUGAAGAAGCUCAACAAACAGAUCAUGUCAGCUGAGGAACUCAUCCAGCAGCAGAGGUAUGGAGAUGCAGUGAGUAAAUACGAGACAGUUAUGAAGACGGAGCCGAAUGUGCCUCAGUACACGCUUCAUGCCAAAGAGCGUAUCUGCCACUGCCUUUCAAUGGAUCAGCAGGGUGCUAAAGCCAUCCCAGUGUGCAGCGAGGUUCUCAACUCAGACCCACAGAAUGUAAACGCUCUAAAAGACAGGGCAGAAGCCUACCUCCAAGACGAGCAAUAUGAAGAAGCAAUUAAGGACUUUGAGAGUGCGAAGGAGCACAGCGAUGACCGUCAGAUAAAGGAGGGGCUGGAGAGAGCACAGCGGCUCCUCAAACAGUCGCAGAAGAGAGACUACUACAAGAUCCUGGGGGUGAAGAGGACGGCUCAGAAGAAGGAGAUCUUGAAAGCCUACAGGAAGCUGGCACAACAGUGGCACCCAGACAAUUUCCACGAUCCUGAAGACAAGAAAAAGGCUGAGAAGAAGUUCAUAGACAUUGCACAGGCCAAGGAAGUGCUCACUGAUCCAGAAAUGAGGAGUAAGUUUGACCAAGGUGAGGACCCCCUGGACCCUGAGAGCCAGCAAGGAGGAGGCCACCACCAUCCCUUCCAUGGCGGCUGGGAGAGUUUCCAAGGCUUUAACCCUUUCGGCUCUGGACCCUUUAACUUCAAAUUCAGCUUUAACUGAGGUGACCCAGGAGGACAUGAGUUCAGAUUGACCCGGUCUGGACGUGUGCUCGGCUGUUCCGAGAGAACUGGGACGUGCUGACACUAAUUGACACUAACUAGCCACAGAAUGCCGAUGUGGUAUUAAGACUCGUCCCAUUCUGUUUAAAAGGUCUACUUUGGCAGGGGGGGUGGAAGCCCCCUAACUUUUCUAAAGUGGCCCCAAGCCGUAUUAUUUGAAGCAACUCCUUCUUCAGGGAUCUUAUGAUUGAGAGUGUGUGGUUCAUUCCAAAGCAAGCACUGUGCACACAUGGUGACCUUUUCAUCCAUUCCUAUAAGACUAUUGUGUACAUAGGAAACGGCACUAUUUUUCUAUAAAUUAAAUAAGGCUGCAUUGUAAAUACUGAAAUAAAGAAAUCAUGGCUUAUUUAACUAA